AUGCCGCUAAAGAGUCCUCAAAUAACUAAUAUCAGCCUCCAAGCUCCAUUGCAACAUAUUUUUAUGUCCAUUGAAAAAUAUACUCACCUCUAAGUCCUCAAUACUCCCAAAGCUCCUCAUUGUUAUGUUUACACUGACGUUGAGGUGUUCAACUAUAAUUAUUAUGUAUGGACUACAGGAUUCGUUCUUGGACUGCAAUUCACUCAUUUAGAUGUUGGAUUCUUGAAACAUUUCACACUUGAUUGGAAAGAAAUGAAAAAAUGGCCCUGGUAUCUUUGGGCUCUCUUUAUUAGCCUCAUCGCUAUAAUAGGAUUUAUAUUCAGCUACCUCUAUCAUCUCUACUCUACAAUUCAAUUGUUCAACAUUUACAUCGGGAUCUUUGCAGGAAUUAUUAGCCUAGUUUGGUUAAGAGGUAAGAUGCUAGGUAAAAACUAUGAAUUGCACAUCCAUCAUUACUUCUUAGGUUUGACUAUGUGCUCUAUUGUUUGCUAUUAGAAUGUCUUCUUUUCUUUAGUUCAUUCAAUAUUCAAUGGUAUUAUGAUUGAGGGAGGAUGCAGAUGGGGAUAUUAAUCUCUUUGGGAACUAAAAAAAACGCCUGGCUGCACAAACGAAAGAUCUCACUUGACCUUAUUGAAAUUCGCUUAAAGUAAGGGGAGAUAUGCUAACUACUAGACAACAAUAGGAUAAGUGUCAUCUUAAUCUUAGAUUAUUCCUACUGAUGAUUAAUAGGUAGAAUUGAUAUAAGAUAACUCUGCUAUUAAUCAAUCGUUCAACUAUGUUUAUGAGGAUACCAAGGACUCUAAAACUUUAUCUUGA